AUGGCAUCUGAGCACAACAAAGCCAGUGGAGGUGAAAGCAAGGAUGAUGGAAGAGUGAGAGCUUCAGUAUUGCACGGGGUUAAGGAAUUGAAAAUAGAACACCGGUCUCUGGGCCUACCAGCUCCAUCAGAGGUUCAAGUUGCGGUCCAAGCUACUGGUCUUUGCGGCUCAGACCUCCAUUACUUCAAUCACUAUCGCAAUGGAGAUAUAAUAGUCCGAGAGCCUUUGACGCUAGGUCAUGAAUCUUCUGGUGUGGUGACUGAAGUUGGCUCGGCAGUGAAUGGCCUUAAAAUCGGAGAUAGAGUUGCUCUUGAAGUUGGCUUACCAUGCGGCAAGUGUGAGCUCUGCAACGGAGGCAGGUACAAUAUAUGCAAAGAAAUGAAAUUCAGAAGUUCUGCAAAGGCCUACCCACAUUUUCAAGGCACGUUACAAGAGAGGAUAAAUCAUCCAGCAUCGUUUUGCUACAAGUUACCUUCGAACGUGUCUUUGGAAUUGGGAGCAAUCCUAGAACCACUUGGAGUCGCGAUGCAUGGAUCUAGGCGUGCAGCUCUGAAACCUAAAAGCACAGUCCUGAUUUUUGGUGCCGGUGCUGUUGGUCUUCUUUGCGCAGCGAUGAGCAAAGUUUCAGGUGCCAAGCAAGUCAUUAUUGCAGAUAUCCAAAGCGACAGAGUGGAUUUUGCCGUCGAGAAUAAAUUUGCAGAUGCGAAAAUUGUUGUUCCAAUGAAGAGACCCCAGACUAUCGAUGAGAAGUUGGCCUUUGCGAAGGAGGUUGCUGAGCUUGUCAAGGGAGCAUCGGGUAUAGGAGAGGUGGAUGCAGUUUUUGAAUGCACUGGCGUCGAAUCAUGCAUGCAAGCUGCUAUCUAUUCGACACGACCCGGAGGACGAAUAAUGCUUAUUGGGAUGGGUAGUCCUAUCCAAACUCUACCAAUUUCAGCAGCAGCACUUCGAGAAGUGGAUUUGGUAGGCGUUUUCAGAUACGCAAACACCUAUGCAGAAGCCAUCGAGCUGGUUUCAAGUGGCAAUCCUUUGCUUCCGGACCUCUCGAAACUGAUUACACAGCGAUUCGAGGGCUUUGGUGCCAUUCCUGAAGCUUUCGCUAUGGCCGGAAGAGUCAAAGAUGAUGAAGGGAAGCUGGUAUUGAAAGUGGUUGUGGACACAGGGAAACUUUGA